CCUCUCCAAAUUGCUCUUUUUAAUUAGCAAUUUUUAAUUGCUCACCAUAUUUUCAAGGCAGAGGAUGUUACAAAUACUGAAAGGAGCUAAUUAUGUGACAUGAAAAUGUGAGAAACAAUAUUUGACAUAUAUUCCAGGUGAAGUUGAAGAGAUGGAGCAUCAGAAUGGAGAAGAAGAAAACAAGGAGAAAAUAUCAGAAACAGAUGCCUGCCAGUCAGAAGACUGCACCCAGGUCGAGUCAGGAAAAGAAGGCCUGCAUCACAGAAAGCGGCUCUUCACCUUCAGUCUUGUAAAUUCCUAUGGAACAUCAGAAAUAAACUCCCUUACCACAGAGGGAAAAAUCCUCAAGUUGACUUCCCAUGCUACAGUUGCUAUUGACUGGGAUUCUGAAACCCGGAAGUUGCUUUUUGAUGAACAUGAGGCACAGGCAUUUGAAAAACACAACAGUAUGUUUCAGCCACAGAAGAAGAAAACUACAGUAGCACUUAGAGACUGCAUCGAGCUUUUCACAACCAUGGAAACACUUGGUGAACAUGAUCCCUGGUACUGUCCUAACUGCAAGAAACAUCAGCAAGCCACAAAGAAAUUUGACCUCUGGUCACUGCCACGCAUUUUGGUAGUACAUUUAAAACGCUUCUCAUACAACAGAUACUGGAGAGACAAACUUGACACUGUGGUUGAAUUCCCCAUCAGGGAUUUGAACAUGUCUGAGUUUGUAUGUGACCCAGCAGCAACCCCUUAUGUGUAUGAUCUGAUUGCUGUUUCCAAUCACUAUGGAGGCAUGGGUGUUGGCCACUAUACUGCAUAUGCGAAGAAUAAAAUCAAUAGCAAAUGGUAUUACUUUGAUGAUAGCAGUGUGUCACCAGCAUCUGAAGAGCAAAUAGUGACAAAAGCAGCAUAUGUACUGUUCUACCAACGCAGAGAUGGCAACCUCAAGAAAAACCCAUCUGCCUGCACAAGUACUAAGAUGAAAUCAGAAGAAUGUGAUGGCAUGGAUACUAAUUGAGCCUGUGUGACAGAGUCUCAAUGGUCAAGUGCUAAUUUGACAAUCAGAGCUGAUUUUGUUCCAUCUCCAAAGCUCAAAGAGGAAGUCCAAUAUGGAAGUGCUUCGUGAGCAGUAAUGAUGGAUAGCACAAGGGAGGCCAUAAGAUGACCACACUUAGGCAUAUCAUAACAAAAGAGCUUUUAAACAAAUUAUAUUUUGUCUAUUCAAUAAAGUGUUCUCUAAAUCUCAACCUUGUAUUUUGGCAGAAACUGUGUGAAACUGGGGAUUAUACUAGACAGCUGGAGCAGUGCAUAUUGAGGGAUUUCUUUGUUGAAUUGUAAGAUGAAAAUUUAAAAUUGGGAUGUAAAUAUGCUAGAGCUGAGGAAAAAUAUGUGCUUUAAGCUUUAUGCAUUGUUGAAGAUGCAUGGAAAUAUGGAGGACACCUCUGAAGUGGAUAUUUAGCUUGUGCUUCAGUCUUGUAUAAAACAUAUUGCCACCACGCCUCUGUAAGUGGACUGCUGACAAGCAUGGUGAGCUUGUGUGCACUUUUGAAAAAAGGUGUUUGGCUUGGCCCAUGGUGUCCCCAUAUAAUAUUCUGUUGGCUAAUCUGUAGGAACCAUCUCACCCCCCCCCCCCCCGGUCGUCAUGUUCUAUGCAAAUAGGGCAACUCUUUGGGAGUGACUAUAGCCAUUUCCCAUCUCAGAAGCAGUAUUCAUCCUUCACAUCAAUCCUUCAUGAAUUUCCUGUGCUCUGUAUUUCUCCUUCAGCCCAAGUCUUCUUUGUCCACUUCACAUGUUAAGCUACAUAUUGUUCAAUGAAGAGACAUACUCUUCUUUUUACAUGUCCUGUUAGAGAAUUUUGUCACAUAUUCCAGGAGGACCAACCACUAAUUAUUUUGUUUCUCUGCAGUGUUUUAGCAUCAUCCUGAAGCAUUCAGAGCCCUUUCUUUCACAGUAGGCUUCAGAAAUCAAUUAGUGGCUUCUCUCCUGGAUAUCUCCAACUUGCUAUAUUUUCCACCAGCCAGUUCAUGUCCAUUUCUAAUCAGCUGCAUCCUGUUGCUCUUAUACCUCAUUGCAAGCCUUUCCUCAAAACAUUAAGAGAUGGUAUGAAGAAACAUGGCUGCUGAUCUCCAUGAUCUGCAGCAGCAUAAGCAAAGAAGAGCAGGGGGUAUAGCCAGAUUGUCAUUUAGCAGAAUUUAUUGAAAGUGGGUUGGAUGCUCAUCUGUAGCCUUUAGCAGAUGGGCCCUCAUUGCUGUCAGCUGCAUUCUGCUCACUGAUAAUCUUCCAAAUUAUUUGCAGGAUAGUCCUUCUGAAGCGCUGAAAUUUGAGUUGUUUGAUUCAGGUGCCAUUUUUAAUUGGUUUGAGGUUUUACCUCACUGGCAUCUUCUUUGUUUUUUUUUCUUGCACACUUGGAAUGAUGGGUGUGUGGCAGUUAGAAUUAUUUAAAGGGUAAGUUCAGACUGUAGCACUGCAUUAUUUUGGUUUUGCUCUUUUCCUGAUGUUUUGGGUUAUAUUUUCUUUUGGAGUGUGACAUUUAGAUAGAAAAGGAAACAAAUAUUUAAAAGGAAAAACCAGUUUAUUGAAACCAUGUGUAUUUCUGCUCCAUACUGAAGUAGGAAACUAUACUGCUUGUUGUAUGGCCAGAGCACACAUUUGUGUUUAGUGAUUUGGGGCUCCUGAACUAAAUUUCUUCUAAAUGCUGUAAAGAUGGUAGUAGGAACCUGGAUUUGCUUUUCUUCAGGCGGGAUCCUAGCUGGUGUGUAUAUUCUGUAUAGUGUCAAAAUCUGGUUUUAGACUAGCACUUUGUAAGUGACUGGCUUUAUUGUAUAAAAGGAAAAUAAAAUAAAAUGAGUGAAUUACA